AUGAACUUUUGUGUUGUCUGUGGCGUGAAUCAAUGUCCAGCAAUAUUCACGAAAUACAAUUUGUUAUACAAGCAUGUUACUAGACAACAUCGUGACACCUACGACGUUCCUCGAGGAAAUAACACAGCAAACAGACAUGAAGAAAUAAAUCAAAAUCGGAAUGGGGUCAAUGGAUUUGACAGUGAUGUAAAUCUUACCAGUUCUGAUGAAGAAAGUGACAGUGAUCAGGGAGAGGGCAUGGCUACUGAUCAUGAAGACCAGGUAAAUAAUUUAUAUCAUGUAGUAGCACGUUUAUAGUCACUCAACAUCAUCAGAGAAUGGGAGGAUUGUAAUUAUUUAGUACAGGCUUGAUGUAGUUUAUAUUGAGUCGUAUUGACAAAAAUUGACAAAUUUUUUGACAGAUUGACUCAGUGGAUAUACAAAGAAGUGCAGCAUCAUUUAUUCUUAAAGUUAAAGAGAGGAAUAAACUGCCACAGGUUUGUAAAAUCUCCUAAUACCAGUACUUACUGUUUCCCAGAGUCAACAAGUCGAAUAAAUUGGUGUAAUCUUUCUAAACACAGGAUGGCUGUUCUAGGCUUCUUCCCUGUAAAAUCAUCUGGAAUAGCCAAAGUAAAGUACUCUGGUGGCUAACAAUAUAAUAGUACUAAAGGCAGAAAAAUCAUGUUCUUAUUUUAUGCCUAACUACAUUGUACAUUAUAUUUAGACUGCAAUGAAUACAAUCAUGGAGAGUACUUCCUGUUUGGUAAACCAGGUAUUGAAAUCUGUAAAGCAACAACUAAUUACAGCUAUUGGGCCUUGUGAACCACAACAUCAAGCUAUACUUGAACAGGCAUAUGACCAAGUUCCGGAUCCUUUCUCAGGGAUUGAAAUCUACAUACCCAUUUUAGAAAUUCUUAAUCAAUUGUUCAGUAACAAGAGAAUAGCUGCAAUUAUCCUAAGGAAGCCAAAGUCGUGUGAAGCAGGGGUUAUGUAUGACAUCUGUGAUGGAUCCAUUAUC